UUUCGUUCCUUCUCACAACGGCUCUCUUUAAGCUCCGGCGCGCGACACAGAGCAGCCAUUCAUUGCAAAGCGAACCGAACGAGGGGGCAGGGGACGGAGCGCGAGCGUCACACCGGUGGACAGGGGUACGCACAAACUCCCGUGUUGAACGGGAAACUUCAUAAGCAUUGCAUUGGUUACAUCGGAGGACUUGAAAGGGAAACAAGUGCAAAGGAAAUAAAUCGGGUAGACUACAUUCGAUUACGCACGAGUAGGCUAUGGGUAUAUGCGUGGCAUAGGACUAAUUCCAUACACAGAAGCACGUCCGGAGCACCUUUUGAGCUGUAGCCUAAACGUUUGCAUUCUCGGAACAGCUUGAUUAUUUUAGGCCUAUCUAAUUUUACUAAAAGAACAUUCUUGUUGCCAGUCAGUAAUAGCCUUAAUCUAAAUAAAAUGUCUGGAGAGGAGCACAGCCUGUCGGAGGCGGAGUUGAGUCCCGGGGGCUCAGAUGAUGGUCACUCACUGUCACCAGCUCACUCAGGUGCUACCGGCGGCCGGGACUCCCCGCUGAUCGGGUCGUCACAGGAAUUGACCGGGCUUUCUGGCGCGGACUGCGGCGGAGAGCACGGCGGAUUAGUGGCCAAGUCAGAGGUGGAUAUGGACCGCUUCCCAAUCGGCAUCCGGGAGGCGGUCAGCCAGGUGCUGGACGGUUACGACUGGACGCUCGUGCCCAUGCCCGUGCGCGUAAACAACGGGAACAAAAGCAAGCCGCACGUGAAGAGGCCCAUGAAUGCCUUCAUGGUAUGGGCACAGGCCGCGCGCCGGAAAUUGGCAGACCAAUACCCUCACCUGCACAACGCCGAGCUCAGCAAGACCCUCGGAAAGCUGUGGAGGCUGCUGAAUGAGAGCGACAAGAGGCCUUUCAUUGAGGAGGCAGAGCGGCUAAGGAAGCAGCACAAGAAGGACUACCCAGAGUACAAGUACCAGCCCCGCAGACGCAAGAACGGCAAGCUGGGGGCCUCUGGGGAGGGAGGGGAGGGGGCUGAAGGGGAGGGCAGCCACGCUCAGUCCCACUACAAGACCCUCCACCUAGAUGUGCACAGCACCGGGUCUGGUUCCCCUUUGGCCGACCUCCACCACCACCACCACCACCACCACCCUGCAGGCCAGGGCCACAGCCCCCCAACACCCCCUACCACCCCGAAGACGGAACUCCAGGCCGGGAAGAUGGCGGAGGGGAAGAGGGAGGGGGGAGGUGUCCCGGGGGGAUCCCGCGGCGGAGGCAUGGGGGUGGGAGCCGAGGGGGGCUCCGGGGGCCCUUCGUCGGCCGGCGGGAAACCCCACAUCGACUUCGGCACCAUGGACAUCGGCGAGAUCAGCCACGACGUCAUGGCCAACAUCGAGCCCUUUGAUGUCAACGAGUUUGACCAGUACCUGCCGCCCAACGGUCACCCGGGGGUCAGCCAGGGUGGGGCGGCCACGCCCGGCUCCUCCGCCACCUCCUACGCUUAUGCCCUGGCCUCCGCCAGCGGUCACUCAGCCGCCUGGCUGUCCAAGCAUCAGCAGGCCUCCCCGUCCGCUUCGGACCCCUCCAAGGCCCAGGUGAAGAGCGAGUCCGGGAGUCAUUACGCUGAGACCUCAUCGUCCUCGUCGGGGACCCACGUCACCUACACCCCCCUCAGCCUCCCCCACUACGGAUCGGCUUUCCCCGGUCUGUCCUCCAGGGCGCAGUUUGAGUACGGGGAGCACCAGGCUGCCGGUCCCUACUACGCCCAUUCCGGCCAGGCCCCGGGGCUGUAUUCAGCCUUCUCCUACAUGGGGCCCGCCCAGAGGCCCCUGUACACCACCAUCGCUGACCCCUCCGGUGUGGCCCCGUCUCACAGUCCCACACACUGGGAACAGCCCGUCUACACCACCCUGUCACGCCCGUAAAAGAGACACUGGGCUGAGAUGCGUGGAUGGUGUGUGUGUGUGUGUGUUUGUGUGUGUGUGUGUGUGUGUUUGUGUGUGCGCGCGUGUACACCGUCCUCACACAACCCCAAGAGAGGGAUGGAGAAAGACAAAGAGCAGAAGUGUGUAGGCUACUGAAUAUGUAUGUGUAUAUGUUCGGGGGUGCGGGGGGUUAAUAAGGGGUGGAUAUCUUAUCAAUGUUGUUUUGGAGUUUGUUGGGACCUGCCAGUGAAUCCACCAAGGCCUUAUAAUGUUUUUACUCUAUAUCAUGUUUUAUAUCACAGCCAGUGGUCAUUAGGAAAUCAGAAAGAACUUCUAACCAAUGUGUGCCAUGUUUUAGAGUGUAAAUUCAGGUGCAGACCUGCCAUAGUGGAAUAGUGUAUAAGACAUCUAUGAGUUUAAGAUGAUUCAGAGCUAAUACCUUCGUGAGAAAGCUACCUGUGUCACAAGGGCCAAGGGACAGUGGCGUUGAGGACUGGCUUUGGGCAAGUUAUGACUAGUUCUUGUUCUAAGAUCGAAAAGAAAAAAAAUGGUAAUGUUAUCAGAACUGGGUUGUUUUUUUAGAAUGAAAUAAUCUGAUUCUAUUAACCAAACUAAAGGACAUUUCGUGUGAUGUCAUUUUAUUGUUAUUUCUAUUACUUUAGUGGUGUGUGUUUUGUUAUGUUUCAUGACUUUGAUGUUCUGGUUUGAUAUUACACUGAUGUCUUCACCACUGCUUUUGAAAGAAAAAUGUUAUACAUUUUAAAUGGGUGAGUUCACUUGGCCAAUAACUAUAGCCAUUAGUCUGCCAUGUUGCCUUUUUUGUAUGUUGCAUUGUGCUAAACCAGUUGAUGGGAUAAAAGGACAAACAAGAGGGAAAAAUAAACUAGGAAAUAUUUUAUCUUA